AUGUGCGGUUUGCUGCCAAUAUGGUUUCCAGAUUUAUUCAGCAUAUUUCUACGUAAACCCCCGGUUAAAAAAGAAAUAUGUGAUAAAGCCCUAGAACAGGAAACGGAACCGAAGCCAAUUCAAAAGGAGCCAAAAGCUAUUGAGAAGAUUGUCGUUUUCAGUGCGAAACCAAUACGACCAGUGUCUAAAAAUAUAGACAUACCGAAGGUAGGAUACGACAACUAUCAUCCGAUAGAAAUUAGCCCAUUGUUUCUGCAUGAAAUCGUCAAAAAAGCUAUGAGGACCAAAAAUAAGUCACGAAGGCGUGCGUACGAAACACUGCAGUGGAUGGAGUGUCAGACAGGUUUGGAAUCGUUUGGCGAACAAUACAAACCGGAUCGUUCGGAUAGUCCCGAACUGAUGUUCCAAAUGGAGGAUACUGAGUAA